AUGGCCCCAAAUCGCUCUUUGGGUUUGAUGACUGCAGGAAUCUUCCUGUACUUUGAGAUGGGACAGAACACAUCAACUCCCCUGUCUCUAACCCUAGCCCAUUGGUCAGAGGUCAAGAAUGUCAUCUACCAGCGCCGACUGGAUGGACACCCGGACCAAAAGCCCUACAUCUUGGUGUGGCAGGAACUCUGUGAAAAUCCUCCUUUCUCUGAGGACCCUGCCUGCUUAACUGAUCUAAUUACCUCUCUAAUAAACUCCCAUCAGCCUACAUGGAACAACUGCCAGCAACUGCUCUCAGUCCUCCUCACCUCUGAGGAAAAGGAGAAUAUCCUCCUGAAUGCCCGAAAGAAUGUGCCUGGCCCCGGCAGGCAACCUACCCAGCUUCCUAAUCUGAUUGAUGAAAAUUCACCUCUGACGUGCCCUGACUGGGAUCCUAAUCUGCCUGAAGGUAGGAGACACCUGGAAAUCUAUCGCCAGACUCUAGCGGCGGGUCUCAGGGCAGCAGGUCAAAAGCCCACUAAUUUGGCUAAGGUAAAAGGUAUAAUCCAGGGCCCUACCUAAAGCCCCUCUCUAUUUCUAGAAAGGCUUCUUGAUGCCUACCGGAGGUAUACUCCCUUUGACCCUCAGUCGGAGGAACAGCAGGCGUCAAUAGCCAUGGCUUUCAUUGGACAGUCUGCAGUAGACAUAAGAAGGAAGCUGCAGAGGCUGGAGGGAUUACAAGAAUUAACUAUUAGAAAUUUGGUUAGAGAAGCUAACAAAAUUUUUAAUAAGAGGAAAAAGAAGGAAGAGAAAGAGAAAAGAAAGAAAAGAAAAAGAGAGGAAAAGGAAAAAGAAAGGGAUAAAAGAAGGAACAAAGAGUUGACUGAAAUCCUGGCCGCAAUGGUAGAAACUAGUAAAAAAUCAGAUACUAAGACUUCAGGAAAGAUAGGGAACCUGGGCCACUCUCCUAGGCGACACCCUAACUUGGCUUCAGACCAGUGUGCCUACUGGCCCAACCCUACGGACAACCUCCCGGAUCUAAAAGGAUGGCUACAGGACUUCCCUGAGGCUUGGGCUGAAACCACGGGAUUGGGUUUAGCAACUGCCCAACCUCCUGUAGUGGUGGCACUUAAGACCUCUGCCACCCCUAUCCAGGUAAAACAAUACUCAAUGAGUAAGGAAGCUCAAGAGGGUAUCCACCCUCACAUCACCAAACUCCUUCAACUAGGAGUCUUAGUGCCCUGCCAGUCAGCCUGGAAGACUCCCUUACUCCCUGUAAAGAAACCUGGAACUAAUGACAAUCGCCCUGUCCAAGACCUAAGAGAAAUGCAUGCUUGGAUGGAGAUAAUACACCCUACAGUGCCAAAAACAUAUAAUCUCCUCAGCAUGUUAAGUCCCUCCCGAGUCUGGUACACUGUGCUAGACUUAAAAUAUUCCUUCUUCUGUUUGCGGCUACAUCCUGACAUCCAGCACAUUUUUGCUUUUGAGUGGACCAAUCCUAACGCUGGAAUUUCGGGUUAACUCACCUGAACACAGCUUCCCCAGCGUUUUAGAAAUUCGCCCACCCUGUUUGAUGAAGCCUUGCAUAAGGACUUAAAAUCCUUCCGGGAGACACAUCCCACUUUGACUCUUUUGCAGUAUGUGGAUGACCUCCUGCUGGCUGCUGAGACCCAGCAAGAAUGUCUCCAUGGGACUAAGCCCCUGUUAAGGGCUCUGGCUACCCUGGGAUAUCAAGCCUCUGCCAAAAAUGCUCACCUUUGCCAGUUAGAAGUGAUGUUUCUAGGCUAUAAGAUCAGGGAAGGCAAACGGUGGCUUACGGAUGCAAGGAAAAAGACUGUCACUCAAAUACCGCCUACUCAGACUAAAAGGCAACUAAGGGAGUUCCUAGGGAUGGCAGGCUUCUGUCAUUUAUGGAUACCUGGAUUUCCAUCCUUAGCUGCUCCGCUUUAUCCCCUCAUCAAAAAUGAGGUUCCCUAUGAAUGGGGGAAGGAACAACAAUAGGCUUUUGAUGGAAUAAAACGGGCACUGCUUUCAGCCCCUGCCUUGGCCUUACCAGAUGUAGAAAAACCCUUCACCCUAUACCUGAAUGAAAGACACUGGAUGACAAAAGGAGUGUUAACCCAAUCCCUGGGCCCCUGGAAGCGCCCUAUAGCCUAUCUAUCUAAAAGGCUGGAUCCUGUUGCAGGCAGAUGGCCAAAAUGCCUAAAAAUUAUAGCCGCUGCAGCUUUACUUGUCAAGGGUGCUGACAAACGGACUCUGGGGCAGAAAUUUACUCUUAUUGCCCCUCACAGUUUGGAAAGUGUGAUCCGGCAACCCCCAGACCGCUGGCUCUCCAAUGCUCAUAUAACCCACUAUCAGAGCCUCCUGUUAGACAAAGACUGCAUCUCUUUUGGAAAUCCUGUGCUCCUUAAUUCCACCACCCUGCUACCAGAGGAGACGGAUGACCCAGUAAUCCUUUCCUGCCAGGAUAUCCUGGCUGAAGAAACAGGCGUGAGGCCAGACCUCAAGGACAGACCCCUGCCCCAUGCUGAUAUAACUUUGUUCACGGACGGGAGCAGCUUCCUACAACAAGGGGAGCAAUGGGCAGGGGCGACGGUAGUUGGGCCUCAACCUGUGGUUUGGUCAGCACCUUUAACGCCUGGAACUUCUGCUCAGAAUGCAGAACUUAUUGCUCUAACCCAAGCCUUGCACCUGGCGACGGGACAACGGGCUAAUAUCUACACAGACAGCCGCUAUGCCUUUGCCACUGCUCAUGUACAUGGUGCCAUCUACCUGCAGCGGGGGCUUCACACCUCCGCUGGGAAAGAAAUCAAGAACAAACGGGAGAUUAUAGAUCUCCUUGAGGCUAUCCACCUCCCAAAAGAGACAGCCAUCAUACACUGUCCUGGACAUCAAGAAGGUGAAGACCCAGUUGCCCAGGGCAACCGUCGCGCAGACGAAGAAGCAAGAGCGGCCGCCCUGUGUGACCCCCCAGUAGCAAACAUCCUGACUACAUUGGAAGAAGUCACUGAGCAGGAGACCUCAAAGGAAAAGGUAAAUGAAUUUUUACUUUUCACCCACCACCUCACCCAUCUAGGUACCGGAAUCCUGUUGGACUUAUUAAAGGACAAAAUCUGCCACCCCUACCCGGGAAGGGCAAAGAAACUGGCUCAAGAUAUUGUUUCAUCCUGCAAAGCCUGCACAGUGACCAAUGUGCAACGAGCAGACGACUCCCCCGGAACCAAGGACCAAGGGGACCAACCUGGAAUCUUCUGGGAAAUAGACUUUACUGAGGUAACACCUGCAAAAUAUGGAAAUAAGUAUCUGCUGGUCUUUGUAGACACGUUUUCAGGAUGGGUCGAAGCCCUCCCCACUAAAAAGGAAAUUAUAGUAGUGGCCAAGAAGAUCCUAGAAGAGAUCUUCCCCCGAUUUGGGCUGCCUAAGGUAAUAUGAUCUGAUAACGGACCUGCAUUCGUGGCCCAGGUAAGUUAAGGGCUGGCCACGGUCUUGGGGUUUAAUUGGAAAUUACAUUGUGCAUAUAGACCCCAGAGCUCAAGACAGAUAGAAAGGAUGAAUAGAACUAUAAAAGAGACCUUAACCAAAUUAGCUAUAGAGACUGGUUUGUAAGAUUGGACGGUGCUCCUUCCUUAUGCCCUCUUCCGUGUGCGUAAUACCCCUUCCCCCUCUAGGAGGAACCUCACCCCAUUUGAAAUCCUCUAUGGGCGACCCCCUCCUUUAAAACACAUAACUGAACAUGGAUAUGGGACAUUUGUUACUUCCUCUGCCAUGCUGAUACCCAGACUUAAGGCUCUAGAGACCAUCCAGAAAUAUAUCUGGAAGGGCCUAUCAGAGGCCUACCGACCGGGUACUCUUACUCCCCACUCUUAUUCUACAGAUGAUUGGGUCUAUGUACACCGACACCAGGUACACAACCUUGAGACUCAAUGGAAGGGACCCUACUUGAUCCUGCUGACCAUGCCAACUCGACGGCAUGGCAAGGUCGACGGCAUGGCAGCCUGGAUCCAUGCUAGUGGGACCCAUACUUAUUCUCCUCCUGCUUUUGACUAUAGGACCCUAUAUUUUAAAUAA